CAUCGAUUUAACACCAAGCAGAGUGAGUGUCAGAAGGUGAUCUGGAUGUUUAAGGGAAGUUUAGUGAACAAAUUUCAACCCAUGAAGAGGAUAAUGCACAGGCAGUGUCGCAACAGCCUGUAUCCCGGGACGGAUAUCAUGCGCUGCACGGUGGACGAUCCUUCGCAGUGCUGGAGCAGAUCCUGUCCGGACUACGAGCCGCGCUUCUACGAGUCGCCGCGACUGGAGGGCAAACCGUGGGCAGAUCCCGCCUUCGGCACGGAGGAGUACAAGAAGAUCCAGUUCAACACGCUGGAUGGCAAUGUGAACCGCAAGAGUUACGGUGGAGAAUAUCAGCUGCAUGAUGGCCUGCCGAGGAAUCCCGUGGGCAGGACUGGAAUCGCCGGGAGAGGUCUUCUGGGGCGCUGGGGACCGAAUCACGCUGCUGAUCCGAUUGUGACGCGCUGGAAGAGAGACGAGAAUGGUGCUGUGAUGAAGCAUCCCGAGACGGGGAGCAAGUUUCUGCAGAUGUGUGUGAUUAUGCGGAAGGAUUGUGGCAAGUGGGCCAUUCCGGGCGGAAUGGUGGAUCCGGGAGAGAACAUCGCGGCCACACUGAAGCGGGAGUUCAUCGAGGAGGCGCUCAACAGUAAUGCUCGUCCGACGGAAGUUGAAAUCUUCUUCAAACUUGCCGGCACUCCUGUCUAUGAAGGCUACGUGGACGAUCCCAGGAACACAGACAACGCCUGGAUGGAGACGCUGGCCAUGAACUUCCACGACAAGAACGGAGAUCUCGUGGGGCGCUUUCCUCUGGAGGCGGGCAGCGAUGCGGCGCGCGUGAAGUGGAAGGAUGUGGACAGGAACAUCGAUUUGUAUGCGAAUCACAGCAGAAUGGUGAAACUGGUGGCGGAGGGGCUGAAGGCGCACUGGUGAAUCCAUAAUUCGAAUUUAUUGAUAAUUUAUAGAAAGAUUACGUUUAAGCAUUCAUCGACCAACAAUUUAAUCUUGCAACUGGGCUUGUUUUUCUCACUAGAAAUGCAUCUCAAAAUACACUACAGUUGAGAGGGAAAUUGUAUCGCGAUGGGGGUGAAAAUAUUGGUGGAAAGGGUUUACUGGAAAAGAUCUUUUUUUUGAUAUGAGAGUGUCUCUUUUGAUAUCAUUGAGGAAUUGUCGUUGGUGUUGUGAUAAAUGAUUUCUCUUAUGGUAGGUUGAAAAAAAAACUGAAGAGUUGCAUUAGAUUUGAUUAAGAUAUUUUUCUUUGCUGUUGAAAAAGUGGUUAGAAAAGGAAAAAAUGUACAAAUGAAAAACAGAUGUUUUUUAGCGUUAAAAAAUCUACAAAAA